CUCCUACUUCUCUCAUUCGCUUUUCUCAUCAUUUUCCCCCAACUAUACUUUCCAUUAAACCCUAACCCUAAUUUCCCCUUUCUCUUGUAAAUCCUCCAAUCUCCAUGUUCUAACACCGAAUUCCUAAGAAAAACAAAAUGAUUCCUUUAAUUCCAUCCACAAUUCUUCACUUUAUUCUCAUCCUCGCGCUUGUCAACGGCGAGCAGGAUUCUAUCUACGAUAUCCUAAAGGCCCAUGGGCUACCAAUGGGGUUGCUUCCGAAAGGGAUAACCCGAUUCGACUUCGACGAUACGGGUCGGUUCGAGGUUCAGUUGGAUCAGGCGUGCAAUGCUAAGUUUGAAAGCGAGCUGCAUUAUGAUAGGAACGUGUCGGGGACUUUGAGUUGUGGCCAGAUCGGGGCCUUAUCGGGAAUUUCGUCUCAAGAGUUGUUUCUCUGGUUCCCAGUCAAAGGGAUUCGGGUCGAUGUUCCUAGCUCGGGUGUCAUUUAUUUCGACGUCGGUGUCAUUUUUAAGCAGCUUUCAUUGUCUUUGUUCGAAACGCCGAGGGAUUGCACGGCAAUUCGGGAAUCCGGUGAUUUGAUUCGAGAUGGAAAUUUAUUAGCUAAAUCAAUCGAAAAGAAUUCACGUGCGAAACUUGGAUAUAAAUUUGAUCAAGAAGGAUUUGGGAGGAAAGGCAAAGGAAGUUAUUCAAUAGCUUGAUCAGUUUGGCCUUGAACUUGAAGUGUAUUCUGGGCCUCGCCCUCCAACAUUGUAAAUUUUGGUCGGAAUGUCUGCUGUAGACGGUCUUUACGUCUCCAUCCUGUGUGAUUUGCUUGCAUUUUUUUCUUUGUUCUAUAUAGUGCAGA